AUGCUCGUUGCAGAUUUCUUCCUUAUUAAGGUGUGGAAGGGAGCAACAGACGCGAAACAACAACUCCUGCUCAAUGUUCAGGUUUGCAGGGGUGGUGUUGGCUUUGCUUGGGGGGUCAGCAGAAUUCGCGUGCAAGAGGAGGCCGAAACCUCUCCCUGGUUUCUAGGCCGCCUCAAGUCCAUCGAUAGAAACCUCUCACAAGAAGUGUUGAGGAAGCAGGGACUCUUGAGUCAGGUUGUUCCUGCAUCUACUCUGAGUUACGUGGGGGCAUCAAUAAGGGCUCAGCGUCGUUUGCGUAAUGAGGGUUUUGUGUUUUCUAGCAACAGCAGUUUCUCGAUGCGCGUGGACUCGCUGGAUUCUGCAGUUUGUUUGGGGGCAGCAGACAUCGAUGUCAGGUGGAAACUGCGUUCAUCUCAUUGGCUGCCAGAGCUGGGGGGAGAACCACCAAAAACAGUGACGGUUGAUAUCUCCUGGAGUCCGCUCAUCAGUGCGCCUGCGAAAGAUACCAUUGGCAUCGACAAAACAUCUGCGGAGUUUGCGUGCUCGCCUGACGCUGUGGCUUCUCGGGGCUCAGUGGUUCCUGAAGAUUCCGUUGUGUAUGAGCUGUUCAUUGCAAAAGCAAACAAAGCACAAGGCAACUGGCUAGCCAGCUGUGGGAUGUAUCAGGACGCCUUCUUGCUGCAGACAGCAGAAAAGAUCAUCGUUCCCCAGGGCCGUCUCUGGCACUCCAUCACCGUCGACUUUGAUGAUGAAUCAGCAUACAAAAUUGGGCUCGUUGCGAAGUACUUCAGAGAGGGCUCCGCGGGUCUGGCUCAGCCGUUUGCAUAUCGCUAUACCGAAGUAUCCCCGGACGCCCGACUCGAGCUGUUUCGUUUCGGGGGAGUUUCUGUUUUUUUGCUGCUUCUCCUCGUCGCUGUUCUCGUUGCCGUCGCUUGGAAAUUCAUAAACAGGGGAGGCCGAGUGACUCAAGCCUUUAGACAGACCUUGGCGAGCGUUAGAAGGAGAAAGGCGUUUAAUAGACAAGAGGGGCUGGAGUUGAGAGCAGGGGCCGCCAAGAAGUCCGCCUACGGCCCAGUGCCCACCACUAUAGGCUGCGUGGAUGAUGCCCUUAUGCACGAGGGCGACCCUGCAGACAGUCCGCUUGAAUCGGCAGAGCUGAGCGAAAUGCCAGGGACCCCGUGGCUGCCCCACCUCGAGAUCAGCGGUUUCAGUGCAGAAAACGGAGCGUUUAUGGUCUGCAAAGAGUUUUUAGAUAAUGCGGUGGACGCCUGCUCAAAGGCAACUGCAAAUUCGCCUCGCUUUCCACUUUUUCGCGAAGGGGAAGUUGAGCUCGAAAUCGCCUUGGACGGGCCGUACCUCUCCGUGACCUGCAGAGAUAAUGGAAUCGGAAUUGACUGCGACUCAGUGGCUGCCCUGGGGGAAGUGUUUUCGUCUUCAAAGGCAAAUGACGAAAAGACGGGAGGAGAGUUCGGCAUUGGGUUGAAAGCGAUUUCUUCCCUCUGGGACGAGCAAAAGGAGGCGGAGCUCGAGGCAUAUUGCGCUGCGUAUACGAUCUGGCGGGAUCGCAUCGCCUACCGGUUUCGCGUGCAGACUGCAGAGGACCCGAGCUGGAGCCGAAUAACUCUGGGGGAGACAAGCUUGAGGGAGACGAUCGUUUCUGCAUUCCACAGUCUGUUCAACAAUCUGCAGAAGAAAUUUCCUUGGGGCUUCCAGAGUUUGAAAGACAUCGCUAGGAUAAAAGCAACGGAAGUAUUCGCGCCCAGCAUGGCAGCUUCUUUAGCUGGAAUUAUCUGCGCUUCCCCCAACCCAGAGUUUCAAAAGAAAGCGCUAAACCUCUUGAAUUUGGGCCGUCUGUCUGUGUCAGUGAGUGCACCUUGCUUCUUAUAA